AUGAAACACCUACAGAAGGAAUUUAAGCCAAGGACUGGCUUCAGAUCCUCAAGCAGGGGUUCUUUGGUGAAGACAAUGCCACUAGGUAUGGCAAAAAACUCAAAAUGUGCCAUCUGUUUAGCAAUCAUCCAAGACCCAACUUACCUGAACCCUUGCAACCACCGAUUCUGCUUCAAAUGUAUUCAGAAGUGGUCCAGAAAGAAAGUUAUAUGCCCGUUGUGUAAGCAGCGUUUCUAUUCAUUCUUUCACACUAUACGCAGAAAAAGUACCUACUGUGAGAAUGUCCUGCCUUUGAAUGAUGGCUUCUUUUCUCAUUCUGAAAGCAAGGAAGACUACUCAUCAGACCCCUUUCAAAGACUUACAUCACCUCCUGACAAUGGAAUUGUGCAUAAUGAAAUUAGUGGAACAUUAACGCAAAGAAAGAAGGAUAUUUAUCAGCUCAUGAGACAGUUUGCAGUUACAGAGAGACCCAGUAAUAUUGAUUUAAUCAGCCUUGGGAAAUUUAAAGCCCAAGCAGCAAUUCAGUUUAGGAGAACUCUUUACCAUGCAGGGAUUCUGGUUCAAAAUGCUCCAAAUCCAGAUUUUAGUCAAAUACCUUCAGCAGAAUUUUUCAGCAGAAAUCCUGGAUGUUUGGACAGACUGAUCCCUUGGCUGAAACGAGAAUUAAAAGUACUGUGUGGUAACCAGAGAUCAACGAUUCACACUUUGCAGAAUUUCAUCCUAAGUAACUUGACUCAUCAUGAUCUGGGCAGCAAAGAAUUUGAAGCUCUAUUACAGCCCCACUUGCACCAUUUCACUGGUCAUUUCCUGCACGAGUUCAUCAGUUUUGUUCAAUCCUCAUUAAAUCUGAAGAAGUAUGACUGGUGCGCCUUGUAUGAAUGCCCUGCUAUAUUGAAAGAAGAGAUUUUAACUUCUUCUCCAUCUUCAGAUGAUGAGAAUCUGCAGCUCCCUGAAAAUGGCCAGGUACCCAAACCCAGUGAUGAUGGAAACCUAACAGUCUUGCUUUCUGGUUCAGAGAAAGAUCCUCCUGCCACAUUUGCUACAGCAGAUGAUAAAAAUCAUUCAGAGAAUGGUGAAAAUUAUAUGGAUGAUUUGUCCAACAAAGAUACUGAAAAGGAGAUAGCUCUGGCCUAUAAUAUUAUUAAAAAUAAGCUGCUUGAGUCACCCUCAGAGGAAAAAGUACAGCUUCCUGGAUCACUCUCUCACUCCCACCUAUUGCAGGGCCAGCAAGAAAAGGAGGACAGAGUAGAAAUAGAUCCUGUUCGGAUUCUUAGGCCAAAGAAUAUGGAAACAUGUAAACGUUCCCGAAACAAAUUAGCAAUUAGAGAUAUUGCCUUUAAUUUUUAUCACAAAAAUUCUGCUAACAUCGUUACAAUGAAGAACUUGAACAAAAAUGAUAUAACAAAAUGCCAACCAUCUGAGUUCCCCAUAAAUAAAUUAAAAGACUAUUCUUCAGGGUGGUCAAAAAUACCAUCUCCCAAAAGAAUAAGCGUACAUAAAAAUAUUGGAUCAAAGGGUAGCAUAGAAUGCAAAUUUGAAGAAGCAUGCUCUGCUUCAAAAGAAAGACAAGGGGGAAGAAGCAAAACAAAGUAUCUGCAUGAUGAGAAGAAAUGUAGAAACUAUUCCAGAGACAGAAGACACAGGCAAGAUCAAAGAAAAUCAAAUUCUAAAGAAGUGAGCUUAUUCCACAAGAGCCCUCUGCCUUUAAGAAAAAACAGCACUGAGGUUAGAGACACUCAUACGUCAAAAUCUCAGAACACUCAUCAUAUCAGAAAAAUAAGGAACAGAAAUUGUGAUUAUCUGACAAACAGAAGUUCCAGUGAACCCAGCUGGAAUUAUCUUUACACCAAAUUUAGGUAUGAAGAACCACCAUGUACAAAGGGCCAUUCCACACCAAGCACAGAAGUAUCAGCAGAUGGAGUAGAGCAGUGGAUCAAGGACCAGGACAUGGAAGAUGCAGGUUCAAGUUCACCCUCAGUCAUGGAAAUGUACUAA